GUUUAUGCCCAUCAUUAACUAACACAAGCAAGCAGAGACGACUUUCAGAGUUUCGGUUUUCUGUUGUUAUUGCUAAGGUGCAAAACCCAUACACAUUAAAUCUCUCUCUGUACGUCUCUACGGUUGUGGCCGGUGUGCGGUUCUUCGAUUCAUCGCCGAAUCAACGGAGAAUCAAACACUGUACAUUCCAAAAUCUCGAUCUGAUCAGCAGCUCCGAUUUACUCGAAAUUCAGAAUCUCUUCAGGUUACUAGUUUGCAUAACCAAAAAUAGCUUAUAUGGGAACAGAGGAGAUUAAGAAUGUCGACGCAGGAAGUUGGUUUUCACAAUUGACCUAUGACCAGUGGGUAGCAAUACCUGUUUCUGGUGCACGACCAUCAGCUCGCUACAAGCAUGCUGCAGCAAUUGCUGAUGAGAAACUCUAUGUCUCCGGUGGGAGUCGAAAUGGUCGGUACCUAUCUGAUGUUCAGGUCUUUGAUCUUAGAAGUUCUGAAUGGUCUAGUCUGAAACUCAACACCAACCCGCAGGCUGACAAAGUUGAAGAAAAUGGCUUUUUGGAAGUUCAUCCGGCCACCUCAGAUCACAGUAUGGUUAAGUGGGGAAGCAAACUUCUUCUUCUUGGUGGGCAUUCCAGGAAAUCUUCUGAUAGGAUGACAGUGGGGUUUAUAAAUCUUGAAACAAACCAUUGUGGUGUCAUUGAGACAUCAGGAAAAGCUCCGGUAGCUCGAGGAGGGCAUUCUGCUACUCUGGUUGGCUCUAGACUGAUAAUCUUUGGGGGAGAAGAUAGUGGCAGGAGAUUGCUUAAUGAUGUCUAUGUUCUUGAUCUGGAAAAAAUGACUUGGGAUGCCUUAGAGACAACGCAGACGCCUCCAGCUCCCAGAUUUGAUCAUACAGCCACAAUACAUGCACAACGCUACCUUCUGAUAUUUGGUGGUUGUUCUCAUUCAAUAUUUUUUAACGAUCUUCAUGUACUUGAUUUGCAGACUAUGGAGUGGUCCCAACCAGAAAUUCAAGGUGACUUGGUGACCCCUAGAGCUGGUCAUGCUGGUAUAGCCAUUGAUGAGAACUGGUAUAUCGUUGGCGGUGGAGAUAACAAAAAUGGUUGCCCAGAAACCCUUGUGUUGAAUAUGUCUAAGCUUGCAUGGUCGACAUUGACAAGUGUAAGGGGGAGGGAUCCUCUUGCCAGUGAGGGGCUCAGUGUUUGUUCAACAUUAAUUGAGGGAGAGAAGCAUUUGAUUGGCUUUGGUGGCUAUAAUGGGAAAUAUAAUAAUGAGGUUUUUGUUAUGAGACUCAAACCACGAGACAUGCUCCGCCCCAAGAUUUUUCAGUCACCAGCUGCAGCUGCAGCAGCAGCUUCUGUGACUGCUGCAUAUGCCUUUGCUAAAUCUGAAAAGUUGGAUUUCUCGAACAUAAAUUUGAACUCUAAAGCAGUUGAAAGCAACCCUUCCGAACAAGAUAUAACCAAUGAAAUUGAUGCAAUCAAAGAAGACAAAAAGGUGUUGCAAUUGUCACUUGCAGAAGUGAGUGCAGAAAAUUCACGGGUUAGGGAAAAGGUCAAUGAAGUUAACAGUACUCAUGCAGAAUUAUCCAAGGAACUUCAUUCUGUCCAAGGUCAACUGGUAGCUGAGAGAUCAAGAUGUUUUAAACUGGAGGCACAAAUUGCCGAGUUGCAGAAGAUGCUAGAAUCAAUGCAGUCCAUAGAGAAUGAAGUACAGAUACUCAGGAGACAGAAGUCUGAAUUGGAGCAGGAGAUGGAGCUUAAUGCAGCUGCUGCACAGCGACAAGGUUCUGGUGGUGUCUGGCGGUGGAUAGCUGGGUAGAUUAAUGACCCAUAAAAGUUGUAAGGUCAGUGUCUCAAAAUUGUGCUAAAGAUUAAGCAAGACAUACCUCUCUGAAACUAAUACAAGCAGUGUGGUCUUGAGCUGCAGCAAAUUAACAGGCAUGCUUUCUUGAAGGACCUUUGUUUUAUAUACAUGUUCUUUUAUGGCCAUCGCUACUUCUUUGUUACUAUAUUUGGACGGUUUUUUAAAGAGAAUUUUAGAUGAGUUUAAACUGAGUAAACAGUAUAGUCCGGUUUGUCAAUUCUUUUUGGUUUUCUACAUUGUAUUUGUUAUUUUUUGAUUAUUUUUUUGGGUUCAUUCUAUCAUGUCUAAGGAUUUUUGGUUUCCUCGAGCACCUCAACCUUUUUUGGUUUUGAAUUCAUUUUUGGUUGUACAAGUGAAGUACAUUAGAUCUAAGGUUGUCAUAGAACGAUAUAGAUUUCAUUAGAUGUCAUUAGAUGUCAUAUGUUAAAUAAACAUUAGACCUAACUGAAGUUAAAUAAAUAUUUUUUUGAUGGCUCGCAA